CGGAUUGAAAACAACUGAAAACAGUGGAAAGUAUCUACACGAAUUCGGGGACUUGCCAUCUCUCACCUUUUAAUUCAUAGGUUAUAGAUUAAAACAAAUUAUAGACGACAAAAAGGAUGCUUAGAACGUGCGUGUCCGCUAUGGUUGUAUGUCUAUGCAUUGACAUAACCACAUUUUGCGCACUGGGUUUUGGCGCAUCUAUUUCCAAAACUGGACCAAGAACUUUUGAUGCUUUCGGAAGUCAGUUGCGUCUAUGGGUUGUAGCGGGGAUUCGAUUAGUUCUACUACUCGGUGUAUCGCUACUAACACUAGGAUCGAUAAAACCCGUAUUAAAGCGCUGGUUAGUGGUGCACUGUUUCCUUGCCCCGGUCUACGAGACUGGGCUACUGAUGCUGCAUGGAAGUUCAACGGAGAGCGCGUAUGGAUCGUUGGGGGGUCCAAGUUUGUGGCUAUUAUGUACCACGGCAGCAGGUGCAGCAGCCUUAUUUUGGGAGACAACCUUCCCUGACAGCAAUGGAGCAAGUAACGGGAAAGAGAAGACGCAGAAGGCACGAGUUCUGUUCAUGAGAGUACUCAUCUUCUGCAGACCCGACACCCUCCUUUUGAUUGUGGCGUUUAUAUUCCUGUCACUGGCUGUCCUCUGUGAAAUGUUCAUCCCAUUCUACACAGGAAAAGUCAUUGACCUCUUGGGCACCCAGUACAAGUGGAAUGACUUUCUCACAACUAUCAUCCUCAUGGGGCUUUACUCUUUGGGAAGCUCUUUCAGUGCAGGCUGUCGUGGAGGCCUCUUCAUGUGUGCUAUCAACAGCUUCACCUGCAGAAUUAAAGUAGAGCUGUUUGGGGCCCUGGUCAAGCAGGAGAUCGGCUUCUUUGAGACCAUCAAGACAGGUGACAUCACGUCCAGGCUGUCCACAGACACCACUAAGAUGGGCCGGGCGGUGGCCCUGAAUGUCAAUGUACUUCUGAGGACCCUCAUUAAGACCGUGGGUAUGCUGUCGCUCAUGAUGAGCCUGUCCUGGAAGCUCACUCUGCUCAUGCUGAUGGAAACGCCCAUCACCGGCCUGCUGCAAAGCGUCUAUGACAACUAUUACCAGAGGCUCUCUAAGGAAGUGCAGGACUCCAUGGCCAGGGCGAACGAGGCAGCGGGGGAAACAGUAGCAGGAAUCCGGACCGUACGAAGCUUUAACACAGAGCGGAGUGAGGCUGGUCGCUAUGACCACAGGUUGAUGGACACCCACAAUCUCAAGACCAGGCGGGACACCGUCAGGGCAGUGUAUCUGCUCCUGAGAAGACUAACAGCGCUGGUAAUGCAGGUGGCCAUGCUGUACUAUGGCAGACUGUUUAUCCAGCGAGGUCAGAUGAGCACCGGGAACCUGGUCUCUUUCAUCCUCUACCAGUCUAACCUGGGAACCAACAUCAGGACUUUGAUUUACAUCUUUGGUGACAUGCUGAACUCAGUGGGGGCGGCUGGUAAGGUGUUUGAGUAUCUGGACAGAGAGCCCCAGGUCAGCACCAAGGGGACCCUCCAACCAGAGACCUUGACUGGACACAUCCACUUCCACAACCUCUCCUUCUCCUACCCCACCCGCCAGGAGCGCAAAGUACUGCAGGGCUUCUCUCUGGAGCUAAGGCCGGGUCAGCUGACUGCUCUGGUGGGGCCGUCGGGAGGGGGGAAGAGCACCUGUGUCAGUCUGCUGGAGAGGUUCUAUCAGCCUCAGCAGGGAGAGAUCCUAUUGGACGGUCAGCCACUGCACAGCUACCAGCACCACUACCUACACAGGAAGGUGGCCAUGGUGGGCCAGGAACCUGUUCUGUUCUCUGGGUCAAUCAAGGACAACAUUGCCUACGGCCUGGCAGACUGCUCUCUGGAGAGGGUACAGGAAGCUGCUCGCAAAGCCAACGCCCACAGCUUCAUCAGCCAACUGGAGAAGGGUUACGACACAGAUGUAGGAGAGCGAGGUAGUCAGAUGUCCGGUGGUGAGAAGCAGCGAAUCGCUAUCGCCAGAGCUCUGAUCAGAGAGCCACAGGUCCUCAUCCUGGACGAGGUCACCAGCGCACUGGACACUGAGAGUGAACACAUGGUCCAGGAGGCCCUGGCUAGCUGCCCCUCCCAGACCCUGUUGGUGAUUGCUCACAGGCUGAAGACCAUCGAGAGGGCAGAUCAGAUCAUUCUGAUUGACCAGGGGACCGUCAUGGAGCAGGGCACUCACCAGGAGUUGAUGGACAGGAAGGGGAGCUACUACAAACUAAAAAAGAGACUCUUCAUGGAAGACGACAUGUCACAUUGACCAAAGCAAUGCUACUGUUUCAACUGUAAAUAUUGAUGUAAUUUUCUCACUCUCACCAAUUUACUGUAAAUUUACAUUUUACUCUAAUCCAUUGCGACUUACAGUUAGUGAGUGCAUACAUUUUCAUACUGGUCCCCCGUGGGAAACAAACCCACAACCCUGGCAUUGCAAGCGCCUUGCUCUACCAACGGAGCAACACGGGACAUACGCAUCAUGACAGUGACAAGUGUAAAGCCAAAUUGAUUUGAAUAUAGUUAGAAAUAAUUUUCUCUUUAGAGAUUGAAACUUCUGUUAGUUCCAUUUUAGAUUGUUGUGUGAGUUGUUUUUAUUUUAUUGCAUUGCACUGUAUUCUUUCCUAACCUUUAUUUUGUAAAAAAAAGAGAAGGAAAUGUUUGAUUAAAAGUAUGAAAAAAUAAAAAAUAAACAUGUAUGCACUCACUAACUGUAAGUUGCUCUGGAUAAGAGCAUCUGCUAAAUUACUAAAAUGUAAAAUGUAAGGGCAGUGAGUGGCCCAAGCUAUCUAUUGUUCUUCUGUGCCCCAGUUGACUGUAAAACCAUUUAUGGAGCAAAGGUCUAUUAUGUUGCCUAUCCAAGAGAAGAAAUUAGUGUAGUAUCCGUAAGACUUGUCUGUGUAGCCUAAGCAUUGGCCUAGACUAGAGUUUUGGAAAGUCCCUGAAGGCCCAUCCGUGGUAAUUUGCCGAUGUUUUUGGCAGUCUGCCUGUCUGCAUGUCAGUACUCCACCUCCCCCUACAUAGACCUUAGGCGAUACUGGCAACCAUUUUAUCACAAGAUCUGCCCCUAGUAUACAUCACCAUGAAAUGGCGGCAGUCGAGUCUCAUACCAGUAUUGAGCAUUUCCUUUUGAGAAUCCUUAACACUGAUCUGGAAAACACUCUGUGCAUGUGUCUUGCAGGUGAUUUGAAGUAUUCACUUGGUCAGUGUCUUGUGAGAGUCUCUGCUCACCUUUAUUUUUUGUGCAUCUGUAGCACUGGUGCAGACAGACAUUCAUCAUCGAGUCAAUCAAAUCAUCAAUGAUCCAUGCCGAAUCAGUUGGCUUGCAAUCACACCCAAUGAUGUAUACAAACCCUGGAUUGCUGAUGCUAUGUAUUGGCGAUUGAGACGCUUUGAAGCCACCAUCAGCCAUAUUGGCACUCCCCAGAAGGCGCAGUCCUCCAUAGGAAUGAAUGGAAUUCUACAGUAUUUAAAUUAAAUGUU